AACAAGUCGAUUGAGCAAAUGGAAGGAACGUAUAUAUUCUCAACAUUAAUAAUAAUGAAUGAUAAGAGCACAAUUCAAACACUGAAUGCAAUUCCUUUGAAUAACCUACCUACCAAAUCUUCACCGGAUAUGCAAAUCAUAUCUCAAACUAAAUUGUUUCAAGGGAGCGUCCCUUUAAUUGGACCAUUAUCGGUCUUGUUUUGUAACGAAUAUAAUAUUCUUGAUUUAUACAGAGCGAGUUAUCUGUUAAAAACAUCUUCCUUAAAAGCACGACAAUUUAGGAUUAUUGGUGAUUGCGUGCUUCGCACCGGAGCACUGGUCGGAGGAAAAAUACACGCCUUAGUAACGGAAAAAAUGUCUACUUUUCAGAAACACCCAAUGAAAGAUAAUAUUUCAAAUGUUUUUGAGCAGGUCAAGAUUAUUCAUCAAAAACUUAAAUCUGAUCUCGUCGAAACUUCUGACUUAUAUGAAAGAGAUGCAUUAGAUGAAGAAAAAAAUCAGCGGAGAACGGAUAUGUUUGAUACGUAUAUAACGGUUGCUGAUGCAUCGGUUGACGAUGAAUAUAAAUUCAACUUAACUAUUUGCAGUAACUUUUAUGUUUUACCUAAACGGAGGGUAAGCACUAUCAUUAAAGGCGUUCCUGUUUAUUCGGAUUGGACCAUCAUUUCUAAUAACGAUAAAGAGCAGUUGUUAGCAUUCAUAAUAUCCAAAAGAGUACAACUGUAUACGCUUUUAUUGUAUAUCUAUGACCGCAACCAAAACAUUUCGCAAAAUGAUAUGGAAAUAUCGCCAUUUAUCAGUAAUUUUCAAAUGAUAAACAUUCAGGAACGGAUAGUUUUAUUAGCUCUGUUCGAAGUCAUGAAACUACAGGAUACUAUGGAAGGAAAAUUGAAGAUAUAUCGCUACAAUAUCGAUAAAACGAAAUUGGAACCUUAUCUCACAAUCAAUGGAAUUUAUAACUCAGUUAUGGUAGUUAUUGUAGAUGAUAAAAUGUUAUUGAUUACAGCCGAGAAAGAAUCAAAUCUAUUAGUUGUAUACAUGGUUGAACGUACUGAUUGCUCACUUUAUCAAAAAAUAUUCUUCGAUUCUUCCAUAAUUUCAGUGGAGAAUCCACCUAUCACAGACAAACCGACACUUCAAAUUCAAACUGGAGAUAUGAUGAUACAUAUAUAUAAAUAUUCGGCUCUAGAG